AAUAAGUAUCUGCGAUAAGGUGUUAAGACGUGAUAUUAAUCAGUCAAAUAGUAGGUAAACAAAUAGUGUUAGUGAUUUAAAACAAAAAACAAGAAUCUUCCACCUAACUUGACCUGAGGUGCAGACUGUAAGUGACUUUUCUCUGGUCUACGUAAAUGCUCAUUCGCCGCUGGAUCUCUCGUAGAUACUGUGAAUAAUGGAAGAUUUAGUAAUCGGUAUUGAUCUUGGUACGACGAAUUGCUGUGUUUCUAUAUACCGUGACGGCCACACGAAGAUAUUAGAAAACGAUAGUGGAGGUUACAUUACACCAUCUUUUAUAUUUUUUCCAAGUCUGGAUGGAAUAUUAGUUGGAGAACAUGCUAAGAAAAUGGCCGAAAGUAAGCCUGAGAAUGGAAUAUAUGUUAUAAAACGUCUACUUGGUAAAAAAUAUGACGAAGCUUUCACCCACCACAAACUUAACGGCCUACCAUUCCAAAUGGAAUGUAAUAGUGCAAACGAUCCCGUAAUUGUAAUAAACCAAAGCAACAAAAUCUUGAAAAAAACUCCGCAAGAAUUGUGUUCGAUUAUUCUACAAAAGUUAAAAAAUGACGUUGAAAAAAAGUUAAGAAAGGAAGUGAACAAAGUGGUAAUUACAGUUCCUGCAUACUUUAAUGUUUCACAAAGGGAAGCAACUUUGGCAGCUGCUAAAAUUGCUGGCUUUUCUGUGUUAAAGUUGCUCAACGAACCAACUGCUGCUGCUUUGACAUAUUACCACGAAAAUGACAGUAGCGAAACGAAUUAUUCCUUAGUGUAUGAUUUGGGAGGAGGAACAUUCGAUGUGGCACUUUUGAAGAGGGAAAAACUCAAUAUUGAAAUUAUUUCUGUAAAUGGAGACACAAGCUUGGGUGGACAAGAUUUUGAUAAUUUACUUGUGGAUUAUAUUUCAAAGAAAUUACAAAGCACAUAUAAUUUUAAGCCCAAAGAAAAGGAUGAGUACUGUAUAUUACGCAGCAGUUGUGAACAGGCUAAAAAAACCUUAUCUUUUGCAGAAGAGACUACAAUAAAUCUGCGUGGUUUCGUCGAAAAUCAUAAAAAAGUUGAGAUACAUUUGAAACGAGAAGAAUUUGAAACAAUUGCUGAUGAUCUGUUCCAAAGAACUAUACAAGUAGUUGAUAACUGUAUAAAGGCUUCCGGAAUUCAAAAAGACUGCAUCGAUGAAGUGAUUCUGUCAGGUGGAUCCACCCGUAUACCGAGAAUUCAAAAAAUGCUUUCGGAUUAUUUUGGCGGAAAAAAAUUAAAUACUUUCGUAAAUCCUGACGAGUGUGUGGCGGAAGGAGCCGCGAUUCAGGGGGCCAUGUUUUCUAAAAACCCAGAACAAGAAAUCACCAAAAUGCAAAUGACUGAUGUGAUUCCAUUAUCAAUUGGGACUGACAAUCAUGUUGGCCAAAUGAUUUUUUUGAUAAAACGAAAUACAGCUAUACCAGCUUUCGGAACAUCUAACUUUAAUACACUUGACAAUAACCAAACACAUAUGAGCAUUGACAUAUAUGAAGGGGAACGUGCAAAUGUGCAAGAUAAUCGAUUUUUGGGUGAAAUGACCUUACAAGAUUUGACACCAGCUCCUCCGGGUCAGUGUACGAUAAAACUAUCGAUAAACGUGGACGAAAAUGGAAUUUUAACGGUCAGUGCACAAGAAGAACGAGAAGACGGUGAAAAUAAUAAAGAAAUCAAAAUAAAUUAUGUCAGAGGCAAUAGAAGCGAAGGUGAAAUUAAAAACACCUUAACUGACGCAGAAGAAUACAAGAAAGAAGAUGAACGCUUUAUAACUUUUAGUGAAAGAAAAAGUUUUUUGAUCAAAUACUGUGAACGUUUUUUGUACAAUUUAGAUGCUAAAAAUAUUAGCGAGAAAUACAGAAGUGCCUACGAAACGUGCCAAGAAACCAAACUUAAGGCAGAACAGCUCAACUUUCAAGAAGAAAACAUCCUUGAAAAUUUAAUAGGAAACAUUAAGGGGCAGUGCGAAGCAGUAGCUCAAAGCAAUAAUUUUGAGUUUAUGCCCGAGUUCGUCGAUUUAGAUUCAGAUUUAGAUUUGUCGGACUAUUUUACCGUCUAAACAUUAAUUCUUACUAUUAUAUAGAACUUCAAAAUGUCGGUCAUUAAAAUGUAAACGUUAAUUUUAUUAAGACUAUGUUUCACAUAUGAGAAAUAAAAAAUCAAUACAACAUUA